GCCUCUCGCCAGUCGCCAAAAAGAAGGCACAGAACGAACGCGCAUGCUCGUGGUCUGUUUGCUAAUAACACCACUGUACCUUGUUUCUCUUCUAAAUAAUAUUAAAAAUCACCAGCGAUAUUAAUAAUGAAAAGUGGUAUUUAUGUGUGAUCUAAAAUUGCAAUGAUGCAGGUGUCACCGCGACCUCUAGACCGCGUACUAGAUGGAUACCGCAUGCGGCAGAGGGCGCUCAGCGUGGAGCAGCUGACGCAACUUGCAGCUCAGCUGCACAUCGCUCACCUCGCUGAACUGAGGAGAUUACGGGAUUAUCGCCGACGUCUGGAUGAUGUACAGCCGUAUCGGCCGCAAAACACAGAUCAUCUGUUGAGAGGUUACAAUCGCCUAGAGGAGGGGCCGGCGACGUGGCGACCCGUGGUGUUGCCGCGCAAUCUACAGGAACUCUUUGAUACAGUGCCAAAGACACCCCAGGUGAAGGCAGCGGACAGUGCAGGCGUGUGGCGCGCGACGCGGGGCUGGGCGGCAGGCGCACUGCUGCUGCUUGCUGCUUUGUUUCUGCUGCGAGCGACCGACCGUUUCUUCACCCGCAAUUACCUACGUUGGCGCCGAAGUCGGUCGGAAGAGUGGCCCACUCCUAACGUAUUAGCGACGACUCAAGUGGAGACGCCGUCCGUGGAGGUGGACUCUCCUUCGGAGGCCGUCGACGCCGACUUCCCUGAUGACCUGCCUCCGCCCUACUCUGAAUGCUCCCGUAAGCACAGAUACGAGGAACCGCCUCCACCCUACUCCGCAUGCUACGUGGAAUUUACGAACCCGAAGGACGGUAUCCCAGCCGUCCACUUCUACAACAGCCGGCGGCAGAAUAUUUUUCGAGACCUGGAUGCGGGAACGUCUAGCAGUGAUACGGGUCAGCGCGAGGCUUCAAGAAGUGAUGAAAGACAAAGUGAAGCGAGGGCAGAAUCACCGAAAGUGUUCAGCGACGCUUGUUGAUCAAUAUGAGAAACAAAAAAACUUUUUAAACGAUUAUUUAUGAUAGGAAUUGAGUUAAUUUAAAAACGUAUAUUGUGAUUUUAUCUUCAUUAAUUAGGUGGAUAAUAUAAAUUUUACCACCGAUCUUACAGUAGGUACCAAUAAAGUUGAAUCUGAUCGGAUAAUUAAUAACAACCUGCAGUGAUCAAAAGCAACUAAUUUGGCGACACUAUUGGAUAAGUAUAAUUUGAGAUGACAAUUUCGAAAAAUGUGAUAAAAGUGGAAAUGUGAUUUUUGAUUUAAGAAGUAGUACCGAUUAGGUGCUAGUGGUCGGGAGGUAGUAUUAAAGUAGUAUUUUUGCUAGAAGUUGUUACAAUUAUGUAAUUUGUAGCUGGUUUAAACGAUGGCCGGAUACUGUUGCACAAAUAGACAGUUUAUACCAAUAACUAGUUUUGCACUUUUUCCGUCGAAAAAUAAUAUCGCUUCAAAUUUUUUUUUCAGAAAUUAAAAUUUUAAUUGUUUAAUUUUAUAGCGAUAUCUAUUACAUUAAUUUACUUACCAAGAAUAAGUAUUCUAUAAAGUACAAUGCUUUGUGUCAUUUGUUGUAAAUACUACAUAUUACAUCGAGUAAUAUGUUGUACCUACUUAAGGAAGGAACAAUUUUUAAACAUACUUUUAAUAUAUGAUCGUCAUUUUGAUACACGCCGAACAAGUAAUUAGUGAUAUAGUGACAAUUUUCCGUUUUGUGGAAUAGGUAUGCACGUCUUUAACAUGUGUCACAAAAACCAAGUGUUUGUAAAAAAGUUUAAUAUGCUUUCAGAUCAAAGAUUUAGUUGUAUGUACUUAUUAAUUAACACUUAACAAUAUUAAUAAAUGCACAUUGAGCUAUGUGUUAAUUACUUACAUUUUUAACAAAAUGUCUUUGAAUUCGA